AGACGCUUGGAACUGCGGACCCGAGAGCUUCCCGCAUUAGGGCUGGUGGUGGGAGCGGAGUGGGUCGGGCGGGGCCGAGCCGGGCCGUGGGCCGUGGGCCGUGUGGGGGCCGGGCGGCGGCCGGGCCGGCGGACGGCGGGAUGGGGUGCACCGUGAGCGCCGAGGACAAGGCGGCCGAGCGCUCUAAGAUGAUCGACAAGAACCUGCGGGAGGACGGCGAGAAGGCGGCGCGGGAGGUGAAGUUGCUGCUGUUGGGUGCUGGGGAGUCAGGGAAGAGCACCAUCGUCAAGCAGAUGAAGAUCAUCCACGAGGAUGGCUACUCCGAGGAGGAAUGCCGGCAGUACCGGACGAUUGUCUACAGCAACACCAUCCAGUCCAUCAUGGCCAUUGUCAAGGCCAUGGGCAACCUGCAGAUCGACUUUGCCGACCCCUCCAGAGCGGACGAUGCCAGGCAGCUGUUUGCACUGUCCUGCACUGCUGAGGAGCAGGGUGUGCUCCCUGAUGACCUGUCCGGCGUCAUCCGGAGGCUCUGGGCUGACCAUGGUGUGCAGGCCUGCUUUGGCCGCUCAAUUGGGUUCCAAGGGCUGUUCCAGACAACUGCCAACGUCACUGAGGGCCCUGCCCCAGCGGCCCUGGGCCCAGGCUCCAUUAACCUAAAUGUAGCUCCUUAG